UAUUGUAUUUUUACGAGAUCCUUAACCUAAUAUAAUCUAAUUCUAACCUGUCAUAGGUGAUUUUUCGUAGCCACUAGAGUAAAUAAUAGAAUAUGUCAUUGAACUUCUUAUUCGCAUGAAACACGAUUCGAUAAAGUCGCGAUAUGUCUAUCAAGCUUUUUCGCCGUCUCGUCAACGAUCUUUUAAUUCCGAGGAAUCAACAUGUUCGUCAUGGUCAUCGAUUACGUGGGAAACCACCGACGAUGGCCCGUACUUUGGAGCAACGUCUCGAGGAAAUCCGACUCAGUCAAGAGGAUCCGACAUUGGAUUUCAAGGUGAACAUCGGCUUCCCCGUAUCUAAAGUCACCAGACGAAUGAUAACGAAUGCCUGGUCGAGCGAGAUCAUCGCGGUUAGAAGAAAUCCUGAACUAGAAAAAGCCUCGCGUACCAGGCGACUGUUGAUAGAUCUACAAAAAGCGCGACAGGACUGGCUACAAACCGAUGGUCCCUUUCAUAUUCAUAGAUUAGCGGAACACUACGGUAUCUACAAACAUCUGUACGGAGAUGGUUACUUCAUGCCGAUUAUUCCGUUAAACAUAAGCUACGAGCUGGAAAAUGAUAAAUUGGCAAGAGUUUACAAUGGUAACGUGAUCAAGCCGAGUGAAGCUUCCAAUGCACCUAACAUUGAGUACAAUGCAGAGGAUGGAUCAUUGUGGACUCUGAUAAUGACUACACCGGAUGGCAAUUUGACGAACGUAGACAAUGAAUAUUGUCAUUGGUUUAUUGGCAACAUUCCUGGGAAUCGUGUGAAAGAAGGAGAAGAAUUGAUAGAUUAUCUGAGACCAAUAGCACCAUACGGAAUUGGAUACUGUAGAUAUAUCUUUGUAUUAUACAAACAAGACUGUCACAUAGAUUUCUCAGAAUAUAAAAGAACAAAGCCCUGUUUAAAUCUGGAAGAACGCAAUUGGAAAACACUGGAAUUUUAUAGAAAACAUCAGGAUCAAAUGACGCCUGCUGGUUUAGUAUUUUUCCAAUCAGAUUGGGACUCCUCCCUCAAAGAAUUCUAUUACAACACAUUAAAAACGAAAUUGCCAAUAUUUCAGUAUGAUUUUCCUAAACCAUACAUUAAAAAACAGGUAUGGUUUCCCUUAAAAGAACCUUUCAAUCUCUAUUUGGACAAAUAUCGUGAUCCCAAGAAGAUAAGGAAGGAGUUUUUAUUAAGAAAGUUGAAGAAAGUUCAUCCUUUUGAUGGGUCAGAGCCACCACUGAAAUUCCCAUUGGCUCAUCGCUCCGAUAAAUACAGGCCUUCCUGGUUGAGAUUCGAAAUAACAAAGAAGGAGAGGGGACAAGGUCGUAUUAAUGAUAUCAGGGAAUACUAGAUUGAUAUAAAAAGAUCUGGCACGAUAAGCUAUUCCAGUUUCACAUGUGUUUCUAUAAUUUGCCUGCUACGGAGUUUGAUGUCUGCCCGCGUCGGAAUGGUGAUGUCGACUGUCUCAUGUUCAACCAAUAGUCCUGUAAAAUGUGAUUUGUAUAAAGUCCAUCAAUAAGAGAUUAUUGGUAUGUUAGACAAAAAUGUGUAAAAUAUAUAAUAAUAAUAAUAAUAAUAUUUACCA